AUGGUUGAGACCCAUAGCAGAGCAUUCCUACCCAAGACUGCCUUAGUCUUAUGCCGGCAGGUCCGUCUCUCUCAAGGUUCCCUGUUCCCUGUGGGGCCACCUCUUUAUGGGCUAAGAUAUUGUUACCAGGAAGCCCGUAGCAGAGAUCUCCCUACUUCUCACUACAAUUGCAUUGCAGCGAUGCCGGUAGGAAUGUCUCUCUCAUGGUUCAUCCAAAAGCAGUCAACAAACCGCACGGUUGACGUUGACCACAAAUGGAGCACCAAUACGGGCUAUACCAUUGUAAAGCCGUACCGUCGCAGCAUAAGCCCUCUAAGAGAAGAAAAUAGAUUGAGAGCGGGUAUUAAGCUUUAA